UGUUAAAUGUCAAUAAAUAACACUUUUGUUGUCAAAUGUCAAUGUUUAUCGCAUAAAGUGUUUGUGUCUAGAACUUUUCGUUAGAUUAAUGCAAUAAAUGUACCUAAAGCUGUGUUUUGCAUUUAGCUUAUAAUUAGGAUCAAUUAUUAAGAAAGUAUGUUGCGCACCAAAAUUCAUUUAGCGCUAAGCGCUAUAGGUGCAGUAUUAGGAUUUUCUGCUUUUAUAUGUUUUUGCAUUGUUUACGCAAACAUUGAGGCAGGGAUGUGGGCUUUAUUGUCCGCCAUUCAUGCGUCUUUGAGUCUUAUGCUACACUGUCACUAUCUGAAGGAAUCCUUACAUGUAAACUUUUCUCGGAAAGCCCUUCAAUAUAUUGGUGACUUUGGUAUGGUUGGAUUUGUAUCUGGAGUGGCUCUUACAUUGUUUUAUUUAUUCUUAGAGAUCUACUACAAGGCCGAUAUUACACCGAUACAGACGAGUAUAAUCAUCCGCAUGAUAUGGUCCUUUAUGAUGCUUAAAUGGGGUCUUAUGUUGUACCUUGUCACUAAAAAAUACCUCCGCACUUACAAUGACCACCAGUUGUUCUCCGAAAACCCAAACAUUGAAGAAACAUAAUUAAUGAAAUACCUGUUUUAGUUUCAAAGAUUAUAAAUGUAUAACUCAUAAUUAAGUUCUACUUAAAAAUAUGUAUUUAGAAUUUGAAUUUUUUUUUUAAAUGUGAGUUCAAAAGUAAUAAAAAAAUGAUAGUUGCAUUAUUGUGCACAUUUGACGAUGCAUUAGUGCAACGGUCAUAGCACUGAUUUAUGGUUGUUGCGUUGGCGGGUGCAGAUUCGAUCCCCGCACAUGACACACACUUGUACUGACCAUACAGAUGUUUGCCUUGGUCUGGGCAUUUGUGCUUGUGUAUUGUAUGUUUUUGCGGACCCUCAACACAGAAAUUAUCGUAGGUAUUAGGCUAUUGAGUUUGAGGCGUUUAAAAUACAUACCAACCUAUGUAUGUCUUGGUAUGUAUUUUGUGAUGUAAUUAAAUAUUGUUAUUGAUUGUAUUAACUAAUGUAGUGAUAUUUUAUUGAUAUUUUCAAUUAUUAUUUUAGAAAUUAUAAAUUCUUAUGAUAUUA